GCACCCAGCAAGUAUGCCAUAAAUAUUUGUCAGGUGAGUGAGCGUGGACUCUGAAGAACAUGCUUUGUGUCUUAUUAGCUGAAGUCAGAGUAAUAAAGUCCUGUUCCUCUGGUCUAGCCACCAGGACUUGGGCAUAAUGUGGUCAUAGGAAACUCUCCAAGACAAAGCUAUCCAUAAUCACCUAACCAGGAGUUAAAGCAAACUUCUGGGUUUCUUAUCCACAUCCUCACCAUGAUCAUUUAAUCAGGAGUUAAAGCCAAAAUGCUAGAUAUUUUUUGUUAUAACAUGACCUCUUUGGUCCGGACUGUAAACUUUACCUGCAGCUUAGGUAUUUGAUCCUGCCCCUGGGCUCUUACCCAGCUGCUCUCUUCAUGUCUUCUACUCCUCCCUUCCAACCUGCCUCCUCAGCUGGAAAUGACUGAGGACCUCCUGCAAAGGCCCAUCUCUGGUUUGGCAACACAACCAAUGAAACAUCUCUUUUCUCAUCUCCUGGAGAAAAAAAAAAAAAAAGCCGACAGAGAAAAAGUAGCCAGCGAACAGAGAAUGAAGUGAAGGCAGGGAACAGAGCAAGCAGACCUUGGUGGAAAGUGUACCUCUGGCAGAAGCCCCAAGAUGCCUUCUGAGAAGAUCAGAGGCAAGAAGAGCCUCAUGCAGAGGCUGGCCCUGAAGAGCCGGAUAGCUAAGGAGACACUCUCUGAGUUCCUGGGCACCUUUAUAAUGAUUGUCCUUGGAUGUGGUUCUAUUGCCCAAGCAGUCCUUAGUCGAGGACAUCUUGGUGGAAUCAUCACUAUCAAUAUUGGAUUUGCAACAGCAGUUGUGAUGGCUCUUUAUGUGACUUUUGGUGUCUCUGGGGGCCACAUCAACCCGGCUGUGUCUUUUGCAAUGUGCGCCUUUGGAAGGAUGGAGUGGUUCAGGUUUCCCUUUUAUGUGGGGGCCCAGUUUUUGGGAGCCUUUGCUGGGGCUGCAACUGUCUUUGGCAUUUACUAUGAUGGACUCAUGGCCUUUGCUGGUGGAAAACUGCUCAUCAUAGGAGAAAAUGCAACAGCGUUCAUUUUUGCGACAUACCCAGCGCCAUUCGUAUCCAUGCCAUGUGCCUUUGUAGACCAAGUGGUGUCUACCAUGUUCCUCCUCCUGAUUGUCUUUGCCAUCUUUGACUCCAGAAACCUGGGGGUCCCCAGAGGCCUGGAGCCCGUUGUCAUUGGCCUCCUGAUCAUUGUCAUUUCCUGUUCUCUCGGACUCAACACUGGCUGUGCCAUGAACCCAGCUCGAGACCUCAGCCCCAGGCUCUUCACUGCUCUGGCAGGAUGGGGAUUUGAGGUCUUCACAGUUGGAAAUAACUUCUGGUGGAUCCCUGUCGUGGGCCCUAUGGUUGGCGCUUUCCUGGGAGGUCUCAUCUACAUUCUUUUUGUCCAAAUGCAUCACUCGAACCCUGACCCAGAAUCGAAGGCAGAACCAGCUGAGAACAAUCUAGAGAAACACCAACUCAGUGUCAUCAUGUAGUGGCUUGACCAGGUCUAGAGUUACCAUUCAUCCAGUUCUUUCUUCAGACAAGAUGACAUCUAUGUGCCUGUGCAGACUUGGGGCGGGGGCAUCUACCCAGUUUUCUCUAGCUGACUGGGACAAAAAAAAAUUUUAAAGGCAUCCAUGAGAAACUCCACCAGUCACCCCUUCCCAGAAUAGCGCUGACUGUUUAUGACGGGCAUUUGAUGGAAUGUCCUUUCUCCUAGGUGAUUGCUAAGAAUUUGGAAACUUGACCAUGUGCUCAGCUGGAUGACCUCAGAGACCUUUUUUAUUUUACCCUGUAUGAAAUUGUGUCAUCAAAGGCUCUGCUUUCACAAUCUAUAAAUACAACAUUCUAAAACCGAAAGGCCAAACAGUGGCUGCACUUAACACCUAUGAAAUGGAGGGCAAAGGGUUAACACUCUACCAAGCUGAGCGCUGUCACUACAUAAAUACUGAUAUUCUCCCAAUCUAGGGCUAUCGGAAGCCGCAGAAGUCAUCUGGGAAGAGCUAGGUGGCAUUUAGAAGCCUCAGGACACAAGAUAAAUUUGGGAAACUGAAUGGCUUUUUUUUUUUAAAUGGAAACCAUUUGUCAAAUUAAUCUUGUGCUUCUCUGCAUUUUAGAUGACAUCAAUUAAUUUCCAGGUCUUUAAGUAUAUAAUAACCUAAAAUAUGAUUGUAACCUUGGUCAGGAAAAAUACAGCACUCUGUCUUUUAGCACAAAUGUGUUUUCCUAAUGGCUCACUCGAGGAGAGACCUUUUUAAUAGUCUGUGGCUAUACUCAUCCAUGUUCCCAGAAGCCCAAAUUAAAAGCUAGUGGAACCCAGCCUGGUGGACUAAAGUUGGAGGUGGACAAAGUCCCCGGGACAAAAGGAUGAACUGAAGCUUUCUGACUCCCGGAACACUUCCACACACUUUAUCCAAUUUGAUCCCAACAGCAAUUGUCUGAGGUGAAUGACACAGCAUUCUUUUCAAAUGAGAAUCUCAUGUGAAUUGAAUCCAGCAAGUUGCCCUUUCUUCUGCAGGGCACUUUGAACGGUGCCUUAUGCCUUCCAGAAGCUUGCGAGCUGACUGAGGGUGUUUGACAACCCACACAGGCUUUAUGUGAAAGAGGGCAUCAGAGGCUUCUAAAAGCCGUGUGCUUUGUAGAAACACCACUCUGGACCUUUGGGUGUGUGAUUUCCAUAUGCCAUGUUGUCUGUUUCCAUUCCCAGUUUUACUGAGGCACAGAUGAAGGGCAAAGGUAGCUGUUUGAUAAUUUUCAUUUGUGGAGAAACAGAGGCCUUUCUUCCUUAGCCACUCUCAGUCUCCUUCCCUGCCAGCCCUCCUCAGCCUCUCCUGGAGACAUUUCUAACUGAUGUUACUCCCAACCAAGGCAAGAAUUGUUCUGUAUCAAGGGCAUACCUUUACUACAACUGUUUAAAAGCCCAGAAUUCCUAGAUACGGCAAGUUUUCCCAGGUACUUUGCAAGACCAACAACAAGAAAUGAAUGAGAAACAGCUCUGAUAUCCUGUGCUGUGCAAGCUUUGGGUAUAAAGAUUCAUUUUCUGAGUCUGAAAUUACCUGGAUAUUUUCUAGUUUAAAUAAAAUUGGGGGGAGAUA